ACAAGAAGGUUAAAGGGAAGCUGCAAGAACUUUGAAGCCCUCCUCAGGAGCCAGUUAUUAAAGUGCGAAAAGACGCGCGCGGUGCUGCUUUCAGGGACAGUAUGACUUUACGAUCCAGCCACAGAUGGGAAUAAUCCGCCAUUUGGCUGCAGCCCGUCACAGUUUAUUCAGAAGCCAUCAAGUGAUAGCCAUGGCCAGGCAGCUCCACGCGCGCAGGACGGAGGGCGUCGACAAGAACGUGUGGGUUGAAUUCACGCAGCUGGCAGCGGAUUAUAAAGCGGUGAACCUGGGACAGGGCUUUCCGGACUUCUCCCCUCCCGACUUCGUCAAGGAGGCUUUCUGCAAGGCCGUCAGUGGAGGACCGUCCAUGCACCAGUACACCCGCGCCUUUGGACAUCCGCCUCUCGUCAAAAACUUGGCUAAGUUCUUCAGUCGGGUUGUGGGACGGGACAUUGAUCCCUUUGAAGACGUGCUGGUGACCGUCGGAGCGUACCAGGCUCUUUUCAGCGCCUUCCAGGCGCUGGUUAACGAGGGGGACGAGGUGAUCAUUGUGGAGCCGUUCUUUGACUGCUACCAGCCCAUGGUGCUGAUGAGUGGCGGAAAGGCCGUGUACGUCCCACUGAGGCCGAGAGAGGGCAGCGCCGUCCUGUCCAGUGCAGACUGGGUUCUGUCUGCGGAGGAGCUGGAGAGUAAAGUCACUCCGCACACUAAAGCCAUCGUCAUCAACACUCCCAACAACCCGCUGGGGAAGGUUUAUAAAACUGAGGAGCUUCAGGUGAUCGCUGACCUGUGCAUCAAACACGACCUGCUGUGCGUCAGCGACGAGGUGUACGAGUGGCUCACGUACGACGGGGCGAAGCACGUGAAGAUCGCCAGCCUUCCUGGCAUGUGGGAAAGAACCAUCACAGUGGGCAGCGGGGGAAAGACAUUCAGUGCCACUGGCUGGAAGGUCGGCUGGGCGAUUGGCUCCGGAAACAUCCUCAAACACCUGAAAACCAUCCAUCAGAACUCCGUUUACCACUGUCCAACAGCUGCUCAGGAAGCCGUGGCUCAGGGGUUCCAGAGGGAGUACGAGCUGUUCGGGACUCCGGAGAGCUACUUCCAGCAGCUGCCGGCGAUGCUGCACCACAAGAGGAAGAAGCUGGCCUCGUGUCUGCAGAGCGUGGGUCUGCAGCCCGUCAUGCCCGAGGGGGGAUACUUCAUGAUCGCCGACAUCUCGUCCAUCAAGGUGGACUUCAAUGACCAGAGCAGCGAGGAUGAACCUUACGACUUCAGAUUUGUGAAGUGGCUCGUCAGAGAGAAGCAUUUAGCAACAAUCCCCGUCUCUGCGUUCUACAGUCCAGAGCACAGCAAGGAGUUUGACAAAUACAUCCGCUUCUGCUUCGUCAAGGAGGACGCCACACUGGACGCUGCUGCGGACAUCUUGAAAAAGUGGAGUCAAAGAGAGUGAAAUCAACUAAAUGUGACACAUUGUUUCAUCAAUCCAUCCACAAAUUUACAGAGUAUUUUAAAAUAUUUUAGCAUUUUGAUCUACCUCCUUCCUGAGAAUAUGAAUAUGUGUUAUUAGUGUCUCUCCACAGAUCAAACACACCAUCCAGGUAUUAUUAUUUUUUUAAUCAGAUGAUAUCCAUCCACUGAACAUCACAUUUUACUUGCAAAGAUGAUUGUUUUAAUUUAACGUUAGUGUAAAAUAAAAUAAAGGUUUUG